AUGGGUGCUUGUUUAAGGGCAUUUGUUCUCCUCAUCUUCCUUCUCUUUUCCCAAGCUUCCCUCCACGCAAAAGCUCAGAAAUGCAAACCCAGUGGCAAAUUGAAGGGUAAAAAACCGCCCCACGGUGAAUGCAACACUGAGAACAACUUUGAUUGCUGCAUAGCGGGGUUGAUUUACACCACAUACAAAUGUUCGCCACCCGUGUCGAACCAAACAAAGGCUGUCUUGACAAUCAACAGCUUUGAGGAGGGUGGAGAUGGUGGGGCCCCAUCAGAAUGUGAUAACAAAUACCAUGACGAAGACACGCCUGUGGUGGCACUCUCGACUGGGUGGUUCAAGGCAAACAACCAAUGGAGAUGCCUCAACAAGAUAAUCAUUCAUGGAAACGGGCACAGUGUGGAAGCUAUGGUAGUCGACGAGUGUGACUCAACUAUGGGGUGUGACACAAAUCAUGAUUACCAACCUCCUUGUCCCAACAAUAUUGUCGAUGCCUCCAAAGCUGUUUGGAAAGCCUUGGGCGUGCCAAAAAGUAAUUGGGGCGGGUUGGACAUCACCUGGACGGAUGCUUGA